CCAAUACAUUAUUGUCCGGCGCCGGAGGCAAUAUUUUUUUCCGAACUUGUAGGCAGGCCAUGACCCGGUCAUUGUUUACAUCGCCUACUGCUUCAAAUCUUCCCCGUGAUCUUCAUAAAUAUCAGCUCCUCUCGAUCUCUGCUCAGAGAGAGAGAUAGAGAGAUGGCGAAGACGGGGAAGGGGGUAUUAGAAGUGAAGCUCUUCGAUGCCAGGGGACUGAAAGACACCGAUUUCUUUGGGAAAAUUGAUCCUUAUGUGGUGUUGCAGUAUAGGAAUCAGGAACGGAAGAGUAGCGUCGCUCGAGCAGGACAAGGCAGUAACCCUAAAUGGAAUGAGACAUUCACGUUCUCAGUGCAGUAUCCAGGCGCAGCAGGUAUCCCUCACAAGAUCAUCCUCAAAGUAAUGGACAAGGACACCUUCUCUGCUGAUGAUUUCCUCGGUGAAGCAACUAUUCAUGUAGAGGACUUGAUUUUACUUGGCUUUGAGAAGGGAGUUGGAGAGUUGCAUCCUUCUAAAUUCAAUGUUGUUCUUAAUGACCAAAGUUACAGUGGUGAGAUUCGUGUGGGGCUCACUUUUACCCCCAAGGUAGAAGCAGAAGUGGAGGGGGAGGAGCUUGGUGGCUGGAGAGACAGCUUUCAUCAUCACUGAAAACUUACCUUGUAGUUUCAUAUUGUAUGUUGUUCUCUGGUGGCUACUUCAUGCAUCACAUUUGCUAUUCCAGUUUUCUUAGCUUCCAAGCUUGGACAUUUGCAAACUUUUGUAUUACACCCUUAUAGUCAAUUUACUCUUAUUCUUAGUUUCCA